GCUCGCUGCGGGGCCCUCCGCCGCCGCCAACGGCGCACCAGGAGCUGGGGACGGCGGCAGCGGCAGCGGCGGCGGCGUCGCGCUCGGCCAUGGUCACUAGCAUGGCCUCGAUCCUGGACGGCGGUGACUACCGGCCCGAGCUCUCCAUCCCGCUCCAUCACGCCAUGAGCAUGUCUUGCGACUCGUCCCCGCCCGGCAUGGGCAUGAGCAACACCUACACCACGCUGACGCCGCUCCAGCCGCUGCCGCCCAUCUCCACCGUGUCGGACAAGUUCCACCAUCCGCACCCGCACCACCACCCACACCACCACCACCACCACCACCCCCAGCGCCUGUCGGGCAACGUCAGCGGCAGCUUCACCCUCAUGCGCGACGAGCGCGGGCUCCCGACCAUGAACAACCUUUACAGCCCCUACAAGGAGAUGCCCGGCAUGAGCCAGAGCCUGUCCCCGCUGGCCGCCACGCCGCUGGGCAACGGGCUGGGCGGCCUCCACAACGCGCAGCAGAGCCUGCCCAACUACGGGCCGCCGGGCCACGACAAAAUGCUCAGCCCUAACUUCGACGCGCACCACACUGCCAUGCUGACCCGCGGUGAGCAGCACCUGUCCCGCGGCCUGGGCACCCCGCCCGCGGCCAUGAUGUCGCACCUCAACGGCCUGCACCACCCGGGCCAUGCUCAGUCCCACGGGCCGGUGCUGGCGCCCAGCCGUGAGCGGCCACCCUCGUCCUCGUCUGGCUCGCAGGUGGCUACAUCGGGCCAGCUGGAGGAGAUCAACACCAAAGAGGUGGCCCAGCGCAUCACCGCCGAGCUGAAGCGCUACAGCAUCCCACAGGCUAUCUUCGCGCAGAGGGUGCUGUGCCGGUCUCAGGGGACUCUCUCCGACCUGCUCCGGAACCCAAAACCGUGGAGUAAACUCAAAUCUGGCAGGGAGACCUUUCGCAGGAUGUGGAAGUGGCUGCAGGAGCCCGAGUUCCAGCGCAUGUCCGCCUUACGCCUGGCAGCAUGCAAACGCAAAGAGCAAGAACCAAACAAAGACAGGAACAAUUCCCAGAAGAAAUCCCGCCUGGUGUUCACCGACCUCCAACGCCGAACCCUCUUUGCCAUCUUCAAGGAGAACAAACGGCCGUCCAAAGAGAUGCAGAUCACCAUUUCCCAGCAGCUGGGCCUGGAGCUUACGACUGUCAGCAACUUCUUCAUGAAUGCCCGGCGCCGCAGCCUAGAGAAGUGGCAGGAUGAUCUGAGCACAGCGGGCUCCUCGUCCACCUCCAGCACUUGUACCAAAGCGUGAUGGAAGGACUCUCGGUUGGGCACGGGUCACCUCCAGAUGAGGACAACCGACACAAAAGAAAACACAAAGGAAAAAGACACCGGAUUCUUAGCUGGGGCCCUUCACUGGUGAUUUGAAAGCACAAUUCUCUUGAAAAGAAACUUCUAUUCUAGCUGUAAUCAUAGGCCAGGUGUUCUUGUUUUGUUUUGUUUUUAAUGGCUAUGGAGUCCAAGUGCAAGCUGAAAAUUAAUCUUUUUGAACCGGACCUCGUCCUCUGAGCAUGCUAAGCAUCCCAGAAAUCCAAAUGAGGGGCCUUCCUGGAGCGAGUUGAUUUCAGUGUGGUGUCAGCCAAGCUUGGGAUCCCUUCAGAUGUCAACAGUCCCACUUUGGGCCCUGUCGCAGUCAGAGUUCCCACGUGUCAUGGUGGGAAUUUGCCUGUGUAAGGAUUCUGAGUUUGGGCUCCCAAGAUGCUACCAUGAGAGAUUCUUCUAGCAACAAGAAUGACCUCAUCCAAGUGCUUAGCCUCAUCAUACCACAGUACACCAAAGCUCACAGCCAUAACAUAAAAACAUCAGAAUGGUAAUUACUGAGCACAACUUUUAAACACAGAAGUUAAAAAAAAAAAUCCAAGAACCUGUUUUUCCAACUCAGGCAUCGUUUCAUUGAAUGGUUUAGAAAGCUUUAAGUUGAUCCAGUUUACAAUUUUCUUUUCCUUACCUCCUGGAAAUCUCACGUGGUCUUGGAUCCAUCAAAAAAAAAAAAAAAUCAGUUCUCUUGAGCUCAAUGUAUCAAGCACAACGUAGAUAAACAGAGAAGUAAGGAAGGUUCUGGAUUCACCACAUCUGGAUUUUCAAGACGCUGAUUGUGAAGUCAUUAGGGAAUCGUUGGGAAUAUGGCUUCAAGCACAUUUUGCAGUUUGCUACAAAUUCUGUUUGUACAUAAUGCAGACGCACACUCAGGAGGCCAAUUUAACUGUUACGGUACAUGGAGCAAAUGCAGCAUUUUAAAAGAUCUAGAUUUUUUUUAGAUCAUUGAUGUAUCCUUCUCGGUUAUUAGUCACCUGGUUCCUCCUAUUGUGCAUUGUAACUACCACAUGAUUCAUUCUCAUUCUUUCGGAUUUCAGUUGUUUCUUCAUCCAUCCCAUUGGUAGGGACGUUUUUCAGUGUUUUCUAGCAAGAAAAAAAAAAAGAAGUAAUUCAAACCACCAUACAUGUUACUCAUGAGGGUCAUCUAGUCCCAAUCUCUUCCAUUGUCGAAUCAUCCUUGCAAAACAGCUGAGUAAAUCUGGAGAAAACACAGCACACCAAAGAAGCAGAAUACUGCAAACCAAAGACAUUUAUUACUUGCCAUUUUCUAGCCUAAAAAUACUGUGAUUACUUUUAGAAAUCAGAAAACCUCUGCAACUCCGAAUGGCAUUCAGCUCUUGCAUCUGGCUCACCAUCGGGCUGAGCGGACCGGCUAGCCAAGCCACCCAGGGAGUGGCUUUGCCACACCAGCUCUGGGUCCUGGCUGUCACCUUCCCACAGCACGCAGAAGAGCGCCCACAGAACUCUGGGAGGUUGCGAAGGUCACGAUGUGCAUAUUUACCAGUGAAUGGCCCCAGGUGAGCCCCAUGGGGGUGUUCGAAGCAAGCCAAACGCUGCAAUGAUUCUUUACAGACACUUGAGACUGAAUUUUUUAUGAAUUACUUAAUCGAAACCAAAGAAACUUUUUCUGCACCUACUUCUGCAACAAACAAAACUGUUCCAUUAAAAUGAAUAAAUAAAUAAAUACGUAAAUCAGUGAAAAUCACCACCAACAAGAAGGAAGCACGCCAGAAAAAAAACAAAAACAAAACAAAAAAGCGAGACACACUGUGUUUAAACAGACCUCUUGGGACAUUUUUUGGAAGCAGAUUUUAAAGAAAGGGUUGAGGCAGGAAUAGAUAGAAGGAAAAGCCUCGGCGGCUCCUGCCUCAUUUGACAACUCACGCGGUAAUCUUAAAGUUGAAGAUUGUCUUUAAUUUGUGCCUAUGCAGUUUUUCAAAAGAACACGGAACAGAGCAACAGAAACCUCAACAGCUACAAUACCAAAGAUGAGGAUUUCUCACAUCUUUUGUUCAGUUCAUUAUCUCCUCUUGUCUGGCUAAAAUACUAAUAGCGUCAUUGAUCUGUGUAAAGGUAAUCAAUUUUGUUUCUGAGCAACAAAAGGCAAGGGUCAUUGAUUUGAUUUUAUUGUUUCCCUCUAAUUUUGUUUUACGGCUUUCUGCCCCAACAUGGACUCUCUCAAAAGGUUCCAUGGACUCCAAGUUUAAGAUGUUGGGAUACUGAAGUAUUAUUCUCUCUACUCCUCAGAGUACGGGGAAUAAUGUCACUUGAAUGUUCUUUGCUUAUCCCGUAGACUUGGUUCCUUCUAUGUUCAGAGUCUCAGCAUCAGGGGAGGGAAGGGGAGUGAGGGUCAGGGUUAGCGGUCUUGGUGACACAGCGUCUCCUGAACCACAGAACCAAAGAGUUUAUAGAGGAAUCAACAGCCUCAUUUUCAUGUGAUUGCUACAUCCUAACGGCUUCAUUUGGGGGUGGGGGGAAACAUGUGAAAAUAAUUGCCAGUUUCUACUUUUCUAUUAGCUUUUUAAAAAUCAGCUGUAAAGUUGCAUUUCUAAAGAAAGAGAUAUAUAUAUAAUAUAUGAAUACAUAUAUAGAUUCAACUUGACAUUGGUGAUAACCCCAAAUUCUUGCUGUCCAAAUCCAUGUCUUGUUUUGGUCAAGUGCUUCAUCUAUUAGGCCUUCAGUUCCGAAUCUCGCUCAUUUCUCAUGCCAUCCCAGAGUCCGUUUUCCACUGUGGAUGAUUUAGAGUACUCAGAUUUCUGUGAAAAUUCCCGGGAAAGGUUGAAAGUCAAAUUCAAGCAUUUCAACAUUUAACCUGUUGAUAAAUGGAUUCGUGGUGCAAAUGAGUUUUAUAUGUAUUUGGGGUCAUCUCUAGUCUAAUGCCUCAACCACCGUCAAGGUGGCAAGUGAGGUCUGUGCAUGAGACCUGGCCCACCAGUGGGGAGCUUGUCUUCUGUAACUGUUGGGAAGGCUCAGCGGUCCAGUCCCUCUAGCUGUGGCAAUGAGGCCAGCCCAGAAAUCUGCCCUCCAGGAGCUACCCUGUCCCAUCAGGGUGUUGCCGAUCCCCUCAGGGAGCAGAUCCACCAAAGGGACUUCUCACAGGGGAAGUCCAGCUCCUGUCGCAAUGGGCUGAUCAGGUAUCCCCCGGAGGCUAAUUCCCGAGGUAUAUAAGCCUGUGUGCAGCCACACUGGAGCUGGAACGAGGCAGCAGUACCGACUGGGGGCUUGUCUCCCUCCUGGAGGGAAAACACAAAGCAGCAUUUGGGGAGAAUCCCAGCGUCCUGCCCCCGAGAGCCCCGUCGUCCAUGGUGCCACCUCCUGGCUCCCACCAUGGGGGUCUCCCUUUGCAGGGCCAGCACCCACAGAGCUGUGAAGGAAUGGACUCUCCGUGGCUUUGGCAUUUCAUCCUACCUCGGGAUGUCCCAGGACUUUGCCCUGUAUCCUUUUGUGUCUUGCUCAUACCCCUUGUCUCCUUUGUCAAACGACUGAGAAAAGAGCAUACUUCAGCCGGGGAAUGCUCCCUAUGGGUUGAUGCAAAGGAACUUCAGCCCGGCUAUUUCUACAUGAGAUCCUUGUGACUUGCGGCCAGCGUUCUGGAGAUUGGAUUGAGGGAGCAAGCCUGCUUGGUUUGGUUAGUGAUCCUUCGGCACGCUAAUCUCACCAUUUGGGUUCGGGCACCCUCUGAAGAUGUCAAAACCAAAAGAGGCUGCCUUUGUGGCCUGAGAUUUCAAUACCGAUAAAACCUGUUUUAGCCACAUCCACCCCCUCGGUGGUCCCGGUGACCCGAGGAGGACGUCCUAAUGUAAAAAAGGCAAGAACUUCCCUCCAAGGACUUUUGUUAAAUGUCUCUUACUGGAUAAUGUCAUACCAGAGAGAGGUGCUUGCUUUUAGAAAAUUAUUUACAUACAUAUAUGAACACAUAUGAAUACAUACAUGUGUGUAUUCAUGUUAUUAUCAAAAUUGUAAGCCCUACAGAAUUUCAAUUUGUGAAAAAUCUGAAAGAAAAAAAAAAAAAACAACCC